AUGACUGAUCAGCGUCUUCCCCGGGACUCUUACCUUGGACACGCAGGACGUCUUUCACUCAAGCCUGUAGAGCUUGUCACCAAGGCGGAGGAUUGCGUUUGGCGAUCUUCGCGGAACCAUUCACAAAAUGGACUCUCAAUCAAGCGGCUGAGCACGGCUGUCCCGUCCGGAACGCCCACAACGCAGCGCACAGCGCAAGAUGAACACUUGGACGCAUGGCAGGUCAGCAAAAGACAAGAAGGCUGGCUCCUGAAGAACCAUCCAGAGGCGCGAGUCGGAGAGACCGCACUUAUACAUCAGCUGCUCUCCGAUGUGAACAGUCCACGCAAUGGUUCCCAGAAGGACUCGGACUCGCUUUGCCUGGUCGCAGCCGGCGAGAUGAUGGACUUCACUGAGCCUUCUGUACCGAAACCCGUGUCGUACUUGGCCCAAGCCACUGGCGUAGGCAGGAACAUCAUUCGCCUUAUGACAUUUCGGCAAGAGCGUUGGCAGUGUUCGGCAGACGAGAACAUAUUCAUUCGUCCCAUGGACCUCGAGAUCGCGGCGUCGGUCGAGUAUUCCCGAGCAGUCGGCCCAGUGCGCUCUCUCAAAUGUGUUGUUGACUCGAAGCCAUAUGAUCCCCUGCGCAUACUGCUGGCGCAGUGGGACACCGAAACCAGGCUGUUCAUACCUGAGAUUGGGAAGGCAAGCUCCGACAUCGAGACUGGUCUCGAUUCUGUCGCCUCAAGGAUUACUCCAAACUGCGUAGUCAGUAUAUCCAGAGAAGAGACCGGUGGUGGUAAUCAUUGCGACGUCACUUUCAAUUCCGGCACCAAGUCGAAGCACCCCCAGCUGGCGAUCAUUGAUCACAAAGGGUUCUGGACGGUUUGGGACUUGCCCGGCUUACGGACCAGGGUGAAUCGGAGGUUGAAGCCGAGAAUUGCUCAUCGUGGCUCCGUCGAGCAGCAAGAAUCAAAGGAAGAGCAGCGUUUGCCCUCGUCUCAUUCUGAUUGGCAUUCUAUCGCAUGGGUCGGCCCCCCAGAUGGCAUUAUGGCUGGUUUCGACGACUCUGAUUAUGAAGAUGAACUCGAAAAAGCACCAUCUAUCCUCACACCGACGCCACAUUCAACGAGCUUGUUGUUGUGCAAUAGGAAGACAGUCAAGGUCUUUGACCUCAACAGACAGAGUUUCCUUCCCUCUCUCAACGUACUCAGCAGCGACCCGGCGGAUCAGAUUCUCGAAGUACAUGUGUCUUGCCACGACACUAGCUGUGUAUGCCUGCUCACGGCGCGGGCAGUCGUGGUUAUGCGCCUCACCAGCUCAGUUGGCCAUGACUUCACCAAGCCGGACAAGCGCUGCUUCAUUGUCAGCUCUAUACCUCACUUUCGAAGUCCCCUCAGCAACUCCACCCGCCUGUCUGUGACAGCAGGUCCCAGAAGCGAAGGCAAGAGGGCGCUCCUUCUCUUGCUGUAUUCGCGUGGUAGUGAAUGCAUGGAUGUCCUGUGUCUAAGGGUGGAAAAGCAAGACCAGCUGCGUAUCGACUGGCGCCGUGAAACCAUACCUUGUCUUCCUGGAGUCGAUUUGGCAUGGCUGCAGCCAGUGGCAGCAGAGUUCGGGGAUGAGAAGCCACAAGAGUCUUUCGGCCAAAGGGUCGCAACGGCCCAAGUCCGUUUUUAUCAGCUCAUGCAAGCUCGCGAGGACGACGACAUCCAGCAGUUGUUGUUGAUGGUCUCAGAAUCGCAGGUGGCGGGACUCGGCCCACCCGGCUUUGACAAGUUGAAAUCAGAACCACCACAAAUCAAGGAGACGACGAAGUCAGGCAGGCGCGUGGCGACACGCUUUGUCAUCCCAGAUGGCGAAAUGCAGCUCAUGGGUGCGGCAGACGUUGACCUCCACGAUUCGGACUCAAAAGGUUACUUCGAAGAGUUGUUGCCUUUGUCCAGAUUCUUGGGUUCCAUGGCCGAUCUCCUCGACAAGGCCAAAGAGCCAACUAUGGGCGGCAGGAUCGAGUCAAACCCGUUCGAUCCUGUGCACGGUCAAAUCGAGGACGCAGCGGCAGCGGGUAGUCUCCCUGCUACUUCGAUUCUUGAACUGGUCGAGAGCUUCGAUACGCCACCUGAUCUGCUAACAGCGGAUGACGACUGGGAAACAGAAAUGGAGCUGCUGAAGCGUGCAGACUCGCGGCUGAGAGUGUUCAGUUUACGGCGCCCGGAUCACAGUAUAGGGAAUUCAGCAACGCUUCAAGGACUCGUCGACAAGCUGCAAAAUCUCUUCAGUGUCCAACACUCAGCGAAGACCACCAGCGAUUCGACAGAUUACAGUGCACAAGAACCCCUUCGGAAAAUGGCGUGCGAUCUUUAUCUUGCUUCAACUGGACUCAUUCUUGGUGACACAGAGGAGCAAGACUCCGGGGAGAUCUCGGCUCUGCCGACUGACACGUCACAUCGGGGUUACCUAGUAGACAGUUCCAGCCAGCCGUCGAUUGAUAUUCCCUCCUCGCAGAUCGAACCAAGGCCAUCUCAGACCAUCACGAGCACGAGCGAGGAGGACCCUGCAAUGAAGCUGAUUAGGUCCUACACAGGAUCAGGCAGAUUCGUGCUCAACAAAGACACGGAGCUUCGUACAUUGUGGGAGCGCGGGACAGAUCCUCAUCAAUAUGUAUUUGACCUUGAUAAGGAGAAGGAGAUGACGGAGGGCAUGCAGCGUAGGGAGAAAAAGCUGGCUAGGGCCACCCGCAAACGGCAGCGAGCCGAUGCGUUGCUGCAGCUGCAGACCAGAGGGCAGAGCGACAGCCUGCCUGCUACUCAGCCGGCGCCGGAGAUCUCCUUUGUCCAGUCAAGUCCCGUCCGCCAGCACUCUUCGCAGAAUGUGUCGCAGGGCUUCUCCCAAGGGCUUUCACAGCCAGUGACGAUGUCCCAACCCAUAUCAGGGCCAUUUGCACAAAGACCGAAGAAGAAGGCGAAGCGGAAAGGCGGUUUCUAG